AUGCGAAGUGGUGCUUUUAUGAAGCUUGCAGAGAUAUUGAGGAGCAACGAUUUAUUGCGAGACUCAAGACAUGUUACAGUGGAUGAGCAACUUGCUAUGACUUUGAAUAUUUUGGGGCAUAAAACUAAAAAUCGAAGUAUUAGGUCACAUUUUAUUAGAUCUGGUGAGACUGUGAAUAGGUAUUUCAACAAAGUGUUAGAAGCUAUUUGCCACAUACGACCAUGCUUUUUAAGACAAGCACGGAAUGAAGUUCUACAGGAGAUCCUUAGCAACCCUCUAUACUAUCCUUAUUUCAAGGAUUGUAUUGGUAUGAUAGAUGGUACACAUGUUGAUGCUAUGCUACAAAGAAGCAAAGGAACAGCAAGAACCACCCCCUCCUCCUCCUCCUCCGCCGCCGCCAACAACAUUGAGUUAGUCUCAGAGCUGAGCUCCUAUGAAGCUGCUUGUCUCCAAGACCCUGAGCUGCAGUCCUUCGACGCCACCCUCCAGCGCCGAGCCAGCCACGUCAUCUCAACCCUGGCCACGGGCGUCGAUGUCCACUCCCUCUCAUUCGACACCCUCACCGAGGUCACGGGCUGCCUCCUCGACAUGAACCUAGAAGUAGUCAAGAUCAUAUUGGAAUACAAGAAAGACAUUUGGAAGAAUGCUGAGCUCUUUAACAUAGUUGAAGAGUACUUUGAUAGCUCUCUUCAGACUUUAGAUUUCUGCACUUCUUUAGAGAGGUGCCUCAAGAGAGCCCGAGACUCCCAGAUUAUCCUUAGCAUCGCUCUCAGAGGAUUCGAAGAAAAAGAGGGAAGAAAUGGAGAAAGUAGUAGGGGAAAGUAUGAGAAAAUGUUGGAGGAACUAAGGCAUUUUAAGGCUCUAGGCGAUCCGUUUACCGAAGAAUUCUUUAACACGUUCCAAUCGGUUUACAAACAGCAGGUUUCAUUGCUGGAGAAGCUACAAAAGAAGAAGAGGAAGCUCGAUAAAAAGCUCAAAUCGACGAAAGCGUGGAGGAAGAUUUCUACUGUGAUCUUUGUGUCCGUGUUUGCGCUGGUUCUUAUUUGCUCUGUGGUGGUCGCUGCAGUUUCAGCACCGGCUUUUGCCACUGCAUUAUUAGCAUCAGCAGCAGCUGCUAUGGGUCCAAUGGGGAAAUGGCUCAACUCACUUUGGAACGAUUAUGUGAAUGCUUUGAAGGCACAAAGGGAGUUACUUAACUCAAUGCAGGUUGGGACUUUUGUCACAAUCUCGGAUUUGGAGAGCAUUCGGGUUCUCGUGGAUCGGUUGGAAGUUCAGAUUGGGUCUCUGCUGGAGAAGGUUGAGUUUGUUCUUGGAGAAGAGGAGGCAGUGAAGUUUGUGAUUGAGGAGAUAAAAGAGAAGCUUGAGAUGUUCAUGAGGGGUGUUGAGGAUUUGAGGAAGCAAGCUGAUCGGUGCAGUAGGGACAUAAGGAGGGCGAGGACUGUUGUGUUGCAGAGAAUCAUUAGGCACCCAAAUUGAACCGAAGGUGGAUUACUAGGCUUAGCAUGUGCUCGUGUUGUUGUUGUCAUGCAUCUCAAAAUUAACUGCGCAUUUUGGGGGCGUGACAUUGUAGCUACAAGAACCCACCAAUGGAGAGAUGCAGAUUAUACAAAUGAAGUGAUUAUCUUCAAUAAACUCAAAUCAGCAGUGGCUAGACUCAUCAAUAAUGACCUAUAACUACAUCUCCAUCUUUGGUCGUUUCAGCCUCGGAGAUCACACAUUUCAAAAUUUUCAGAGGGGUGAUAUUUUACAAUCAGCUUAAUUUCCAUCAUUCCAAUAGACAUUAUUCAGCUUCGAUAGAACUUCGGGUGAUUUGUUCAGGAUGCUCAGUUUGUGACUGGAGGAGAUGUUUGUUUGCUGCUUUCGAUUCUAUUCUAUUAGUUUUGACAGGUACAUUUUGUGAAUGCUCUAGUAUUUGUGUGUAUGUUUAUUUAAGUAUGUUUAUGAACUAUCAACUAUUACAAAAUAAAGCAUCUUAUUGAGCU